UUCAACUCUUAAGUAUUUGUAUCUUCAUUACCCUUAUCUCUUUCACUCCAAACAAACACUCUCAAAGGAUUUUAUCAUUGAUUCUUCACAAUACCAUGACAAGUAUUCCAUCUCACAUGAGAGCUUGGAUCUACUCUGAAUAUGGGAACAUAGAAGAGGUUCUCAAGUUUGAUCCUAAUGUGCCCACACCACACCUCAUGGAAAACCAAGUGCUCAUCAAAGUUGUGGCUGCAGCCAUUAAUCCAGUAGAUUAUAAGAGAGCUCUUGGUCAUUUCAAGGACAUUGACUCUCCUUUACCAACUGCACCAGGGUACGAUGUUGCUGGUGUGGUGGUGAAAGUGGGAAAUCAAGUGAAGAAAUUUCAGGUUGGAGAUGAAGUUUAUGGUGACAUCAAUGAGGUUACUCUGGACCAUCCAAAGACUAUUGGCAGUUUAGCUGAAUAUACUGCAGUUGAAGAGAAAGUAUUGGCUCACAAACCCUCCAAUUUGAGUUUUGUUGAAGCUGCAAGCCUCCCUUUGGCAAUCAUAACUGCUUAUCAAGGACUUGAAACUGCUCAGUUCUCUGUUGGCAAAUCUAUACUUGUUCUGGGAGGAGCUGGUGGAGUUGGAUCCCUUGUUAUUCAGAUCGCCAAACAUAUAUUUGGUGCAUCUAAGAUAGCAGCUACUGGUAGUACUGGAAAACUGGAAUUGUUGAGAAACUUGGGAACAGACUUGCCUAUAGACUACACAAAAGAGAACUUUGAAGAACUUGCAGAGAAGUUUGAUGUGGUGUACGAUGCAGUAGGGCAGAGUGAAAGAGCAUUGAAGAGUGUUAAAGAAGGUGGUAAAGUUGUGACAAUAGUGGCACCUGCAACUCCACCAGCUAUCCCUUUCUUGCUCACUUCUGAUGGUGAUUUGCUGGAGAAAUUGAGACCUUACUUGGAGAAUGGACAGGUGAAGCCAAUAUUGGAUCCUAAGAGUCCCUUUCCAUUUUCUCAGACAGUGGAAGCAUUUUCAUAUUUGAAGACUAACAGAGCUACUGGGAAAGUGGUCAUAUAUCCCAUUCCAUAAUAUGCAUACAUGCAUGCCAAAUUUCUCUCUGGCCUUAUGACUCUUCUACUUUGUCUAUUUCCUAUUUCAGUGUCUGUUGUAAUAAAUCUCUUAUAGAUAUGAAUGGUUGUUAUCUUUGUUGUAAACUUAUAACUAGACUUUGGAUCUUCCAGCAUGUAUUAUUUUCUUUUGUAUCUAAAGAUUAUGCGAUAUAAUAAUGUCUUUUUGCUUA